UGAUUCCUUUCCCGUCUGGCAAUGAUGACGUUGAUCUCAUUUUUGUUGAUUCAGGAACUACGAGGACAUUUCAUCGCUCUAAACAGAGGAAUCUAAUUAAGCUAAAUAUACAAACCUGGCCGGAUCUAUACAUAUCUAUAUUGCAACCAUACACAAACAGGCUGGUGGGCAGUGGCUGUGGAUGGAGGAAUUGCCCAGGUGAGAUGACCGACCAGGGCAACAACAACCAGAACAUCUCCCGAAACCCCUUUGCUGCACUCUUCAGCUCCCUCGCCGAUGCCAAGCAGUUUGCUUCUGGCCAGAAACAACACCAGCAGCCAGACCCACCAUCGGAUGCAUCUGGGGACAGCCAGUCAGAUUCAGACAAUUCAGUGUCUGACAGCAUUGAUGACAAUGACGACUCGGUGGCAGAGAUUAGCCGCUCUUUCCGCUCACGGCAGGAGCUGUGCGAGCAGCUCAAUGUCAACCACAUGAUCCAGCGGAUAUUCCUCAUCACCCUGGACAACAGUGACCCCAGUCUGAAAGGAGGCAAUGGAACCCCACCUCGUUGUGUGUACCUGGAGGAGAUGGCAGCUGACCUUGAUGGACAGGACUGGUUGGACAUGGAUAAUAUCGAGCAGGCCCUGUUCAACAGGCUGCUGCUGCUGGAGCCGGGUAACCACCUGAUCUACAUGACCUCCUGCAGCGUGGCUAACCUGUCCGCUGACCGGCACGCCGGGGAGAAGUGUGCGGUGCCGUACCUGUAUGCAUGCUACCAGAGAGCCAAGGAGGAGGUCACUAAAGUGCCCGAGAAGCUGUUGUCGUACGCCGUUCGCUGUAAGAACUUGACUGUGUCCAACGCUCGCACAGUCCUGCUUACCCCAGAGAUCUACGUUAGUCAGAAUAUUUACGAGCAACUGCUGGACCUGCUGCUGGAAGGAGUCAGUGGAGCACAGCUGGAUGAAGUGGUGGAGUUUAUGGAGGAGGUGAUCGCCGCCCUGUUGACUGAUCAGGAAGUGCGCACCUUUGGGGAGGUGAUGGUGCCGGUGCUGGAAAUCCUGCAUGGUCGUAUGAAGGACCUGGACCUGUGCCAGCUGCUGCUGUACUCCUACCUGGACAUCCUGCUCUACUUCACCCGUCAGAAGGACAUUGCCAAGGUGUUGGUGGAGUACAUUCAGCCCAAGGACCCAAACAGUGGCCUGCAGUACCAGAAGACCCUUUUGGGGACAGCGCUGAGCGUCUCCUGCCUGCUGAAGACCCCUGGAGUGGUGGAGAGUCAUGGCUUCUUCCUCAACCCCUCUCGCUCCAGUCCACAGGAAAUGAAAGUCCAGGAGUCCAACAUUCACCAGUUCAUGGGGCAGUACCACGAGAAGCUGUACCAGAUCCUGAGGAACCUCCUGCAGCAGUCCGGCGACACGCGCCACCUGCUGCUCACCUGGCUGGGCGGCUGCCUGCAGGCCAACGCCGGCCGCGCCAAGAUCUGGGCCAACCAGAUGCCCGAGAUCUUCAUGCAGACGUACGCGUCCGACGCCCUCUUCCUCAACCUGGGCGCCGCCCUGCUGAAGCUGUGCCAGCCCUUCUGUCGCCCCCGCUCCCCCAAGCUACUGACCUUUAACCCCACCUACUGCGCCCUGAAGGACCUGAGCGAGGAGGAGAGGCGUAACCGCAACGUGCACGCCAGAGGUUUGGAUAAAGAGACCUGCCUGAUUCCUGCCCCUCCUCAGCAUGAUGUAGAGUUUGCACAGUCUUACAGCCUCCUCACUGAGAACCUCAUCCUUACCCAGCUCACUCUACACCUGGGCUUCCACAGACUCCAUGACCAGAUGGUGAAGAUGAACCAGUCCCUGCACAGGCUGCAGGGUUCGUGGCGGGACGCAGGGCACGGUGGGGGCGUGGCCGCCGAGCAACUGCGCGAGCAGUUCGAGCGCCUCAUGACUGUCUACUUGUCGACCAAAGCGGCCGCCACCCAGCCGGGCAUGCUGCAGGGCUGCCUCAACCUCCAGGCCUCCACCGCCGCCCUGCUGGUGCAGCUCAGCCUGAACAACCAGGGCCCUGAGCACGCCCAGCUGUCCUUUCCCCUCCCUCCCCUGCAGCACAGCCUGCUCUGCUACGUUCCAGAGUUCUUUGCGGAGAACAUGGGGGAUUUCUUCAUUUUCCUGCGGCGGUUUGCGGAUGAGGUCUUGGAGUCCUCGGCUGAUAGUCUGGAGCAGGUCCUUAACUUCAUCACAGUGUUCAUGGGAAACGUGGACAGGAUGAAGAACCCACAUUUGCGGGCCAAGCUGGCCGAGGUACUGGAAGCAGUGAUGCCCCACCUGGAACCCGUGUCACCUGGCUUGACACAGCCAAUCAUGUUCCAGCGGCACAGGGUCUUCUGCGAAUAUCCCCACGCCCCUCACCUGGCUGAGGCUCUCAUCGCUGUGUUUGUGGACAUCGAGUUCACUGGGGAUCCCCACCAGUUUGAGCAGAAGUUUAACUACCGUCGGCCCAUGUACCCAAUUCUGAAAUACAUGUGGGGGAAGGAUGCCUACAGACAGAGCAUCAAGCAUUUGGCUGAGGAUGCAGCCGAGAAUCUGGAGGCCAUGAAUCCGCCUCUCUUCCUGAGGUUCCUGAACCUGCUGAUGAACGAUGCCAUCUUCCUGCUGGACGAGGCGAUUCAGUACCUCAGUAAGAUCAAGCUCCUGCAGCUGGAGAGAGACCGCGGCGAGUGGGAGGGGCUUGCACCAGACGCCCGGCGCGAGAAGGAGUCCAGCCUGCAGAUGUUUGGCCAGUUGGGGCGCUUCCACAACAUUAUGUCCAACGAAACGAUAGGCACGCUGGCCUUCCUCACAUCUGAGAUUAAGGGGCUGUUUGUCCACCCCUUCCUGGCUGAGAGGAUAAUCUCCAUGCUCAACUACUUCCUGCAGCAUCUGGUGGGGCCCAAGAUGGGUGCCCUAAAAGUGAAGGACUUCAGCGAGUUUGAUUUUAAGCCUCAGCAGCUGGUCUCUGACAUCUGCACCAUCUACCUCCACCUGGGGGACGAGGAGAAUUUCUGCGCCACUGUGCCAAAAGAUGGCCGCUCCUACUCGCCCACCCUCUUCUCCCAGACCGUGCGUGUGCUGAAGAAGAUCAACAAGCCGGGAGACAUGAUUGUGUCCUUCAGUCUCCUGGCAGACAAGAUCAAGUCCCUGGCAGAUCAGCAGCAGCAGGAAGAGGAGACGUACUCGGAUGCUCCAGACGAGUUCCUGGACCCGAUCAUGUCCACUGUGAUGCAGGACCCCGUGCUCCUGCCAUCCUCCCAUGUCACUGUUGACCGCUCCACCAUCGCACGCCACCUGCUCAGCGAUCAGACGGAUCCCUUUAACCGCAGCCCGCUCACGAUGGACCAGAUCCGACCCAACGAGGAUCUGAAGCAGCGGAUCCUGCAGUGGCUGGCCGAGCGCAAGCAGGAGCGGCUGCAAAUGGGACCCAGCGGAUAGACGCAAACGGCUUCAGCUCUGCCCCCUGCUGUCCUGUACUAUCCCACAAUGCCCCCUGCUGUCCCGUACUAUCCCACAAUGCCCCCUGCUGUCCCGUACUAGCCCACAAUGCCCCCUGCUGUCCCGUACUAGCCCACAAUGCCCCCUGCUGUCCCGUACUAGCCCACAAUGCCCCCUGCUGUCCCGUACUAUCCCACAAUGCCCCCUGCUGUCCCGUACUAUCCCACAAUGCCCCCUGCUGUUCUGUACUAGCCCACAAUGCCCCUGCUGUCCCGUACUAUCCCACAAUGCCCCCUGCUGUCCCGUACUAGCCCAUAAUGCCCCUGCUGUUCUGUACUAUCCCACAAUGCCCCCUGCUGUCCCGUACUAUCCCACAAUGCCCCUGCUGUUCCACGCACUCCCAUAAUACCCCCUGCUGUCCCACACCAUCCCAUAAUCCCCCCUUGCUGUUCCACGCUCUCCCAUAAUGCCCCCUGCUGUCCCACACUAUCCCAUAAUGCCCCUUGCUGUCCGAAACUACCCCAUAAUGCCCCGUGCUGUCUCAAACUAUCCCAUAAUGCCCAAUACUGUCCCAUAAUGUCCCCCUGCUGUCCCACACCAUCCCAUAAUGCCCCACAUUACCCAAUCCCUCCCCAUAGUAUAUUACCCCACGCCUCCCCAUACUACCCAGUAUUGUUCCAUUCCACCCCAUAGUACCCCAUACUUCCCCUGUUACACCCCAUACUUCUCCUUUCCCCUGGACAGAAUCACUUAAGACCCGUCUGUGUGCUCUGAAGUUAUCCCCCCAUCCUCAUCCUCCAGCGGAGAGGGUCAGUGGUCUGAGUGAGUUGGUCUUUGCAGGCCCCGCAGCGUAAAGUGGAAGGCUACAGACAUGGGCUACACUAUUACUGUACAGAACCGUAACUGAGAAGAGGACAGAUUCUUAUUUGUGUUUUUCUACUAUAUGCUCUUUGCCUGAAUGCCUUUCUCUCUCUAACACAUGCAAGCACAUACACAUGCGCACAAACAUUUACACACACUUGAAAAAAUUAAGUUGUACCAGGUUGAGAAAAAGUUGUCAAUAUUACAAAUGCAGCAGUAACUGUGUUUCUGAUUUGUUUUACGAGUGCCAAAAGUGACAUUUCAGAGGCAGGUUUGAGCUUUGACAGAUAUGUGUUCAGAGGAAGUACCAAAAUUAUAAUUGAUUUGAUUCAUAAUUAUAGUUUUACUGUACAAUAGUUGUACCUGUCAUUUGUAUAAAGUAUCAGAAAGGGAUUUAUGUCUCGUUCUGUUUUUUUUUUUCAAAUAUCAAUAUGUCAAGAGUUGCAUAAUUCCCUUUAACUGUAUAUUGUGAGGAAAUCAUUGGUGUUAUAAUUCUGGUUCCAGUCCAUCUGAUGUUUUCAAAAUGUUGUCUCGGCAGUCACUGAUGAGUCUUACGAGUACACAGUCUGCAUGUGUCUAACAGCACAGUUAAUACUAAUAAGAGUAAUCUGAGACAGGCUCUUAGCUAAGUCUGUUCCCAGGCAGCCGGCAUCUUAUGAAAAAAGAAACAUCCCCCCAUUAAAUGUGCUGUCCCAUUAUAAAUAUCUCGGUAUAACAUAUGUAUUUAAUACGAGACGCAUGUUAGAAAGUAUAUCAGUCGUUACUGCUUUUACGUACUAUCCUAUGCGUACAAUGGAGGAUAUACAGUAUUGAAAAUUGUGCAUUGUGAAGCGAUGGUUGAUAUAUUUUGUAACGUAUGUCUUACUUUUAUUUGUUAAAAUGUAUUGUUUUUAUCUAAUAAUUUCUGCAUAUUACAUAAAUUGACAUAUAUUUCUUUUUCAUAGUUCCAUUGAACCCUGUUAAUUUUGAAAACGUGAUUAAACAUCUGAAUGAAUACUGAAAAUAUUCACCUUAAUGGACCCUAAACAGUGCAACAAAGCAAGUCUGCCUAAUGCCCUGAGCCUUUGAACUCAAACCGCCAGUCAUUUAUCACUCUGCCCUAGUCUGAGAACCUGAAAUGUUGUUUAACUUUCGAUUUCCUUACAGCGGGGAUGUAUAACUGAGGUCAAAGCAUAAGAGUGACCCUGAGGAUGUCUAUAGGUGUGAAGGUCUGCAGUGGAGUUGUGCCCUCUGUCAAAAGUCCGGGAUGUUGUGAAUUUAAAUCAGUUGUUCUUUCAGUAGUGAACAGCUUUUCCCAGUAGCAUUUUUGUAAAAGUAAUUAUUUUAUAAAAUGAGGAAGCCAAACGAACAGGAGAGAAUACAUACUAUUUAUAUGCAUGAAUGAGAAUUAUAAGUAAUGAUAAAAUUACAAUAAUAAAUGGGGAAGCAGCCUCAUAUCAGUUGUAACUUAAAGAGUGAAUUAUAUAUAUGUGUUAAAUAUUUGGGUUCUUUAAUGUUAAAUGAUAUUACUUUGUUGGACUAUUAACUGCAAUCAUGAUCUUUUACUUCAAAUCAAGAUGUAAGGAAUCAUUAGUGUUUUUAUUAUUUAAGAAAUUGUCACUGAGGGCUGCUUUGCAGUUCUGUGUUUUCUUUUGUAAUUAAUGAGUUCAGAUUGGGCUGUGCUGUGCAUUUCAGAAUGAACCUGGUUUUAUCCCACUGUUAUAUAGCCUGACUUAAGAUAAACAGGUUUUCUUUUUUACACAUUGCCUCAGAUAAUUUUUCCUUAGUGAGGAAAAUUUCAAUUGCAACAUGAAAUGUAAUACACUUGUGAAUAAGUUUGUUUACUGUUGUCCUUAUGCUUAUGAAUGUUAUGAAUGUUUUCCCCAAGAAAUUAAAUGAAUAUCAAUGACACGUAAAGCCAAUUAUAAUAUGCAAGUGUUUACUGAAGACAAGUGAUUAUGAAAACUUAUAGAAGAAAAUGCAGCUGUGUUUUUUUUAGUGUGGGGCAUACUCAGCAAUGUCUAGUGGUAAAAUGUAUCCUCUUCUGAAAUCAGAAAAUAGUCAGUUUUUCCACAGCUGAUAGGAGAGAGAGGUUUUGGUCCUGGAUUGACAGGGUGAGUUUUUUUAUUUGUUAUGCUGUGAUAAGAAACAACCUGAUUAGGCAGUAGAUGACAUUUAUCUGAUGUUAAAUACUGUACAUUGCAGACUUUUGUCUAAAAUGCGCUUUAGUUUGGUUGAAUCUGUUCAUUCAGCCAAAUGCACCAUUAAUGCUGCCUAUAGCCUUUGGCAUGUUUGUGUAGGGUGACUAAACAAAUCAGAGGCUGCAAUAGGAGGGAUAUCAGCCACAAGCGGUGAAAGAACGAUUCAAUACUUUAAUUAAAAAUAUAAUUAAAUGAAUGAAACUAUUGUCAUCAAAGCAAAACUGUAAAAAUAAACUGUAAAAAAAAACUAAUUCUGCAUAAUGUGUGUAUUAUAAAAUUUUAUUAAACCUCAUAGUGUUUGCUUCAA